GCUUCUUUCUGUACUCCUACACAGGCAGGAGUGAGAGGCCCCUGGAGUGACCGGCACUGGGAGCACGGCAGCAUAUAUGGUGAAAAUGACAACCCUGCUUCUGCUGUGUAUGUCUUUGCCUAUUAUCUUGGCCACAACAACUUUGAAAGACCCUAACGAUAGAGAUGGCUCACUGAAGGUCAGCAUCCCUGUUGAGUCGCCUCUCCGUCCUCUGCUGGGAGGCAAGGUAGAGGUACCGUGCUACUUCCAAGAAAACAUUGUGAAUGACCCCGGAGCACCCACCAUUGCCCCGCUAUCCCACCGAAUCAAAUGGACCUAUGUCACCAAAGACAACGUUUCCUCAAUCCUGGUAGCAUCAGAGGGGAAGGUUUAUGUAGAGGCAGAGUAUCUGGACAGGGUGACAUUGGUCAACUACCCAAUGGUUCCCACUGAUGCUACCAUGGUAAUAACAGAGCUGAGGUCGAAAGACUCCGGCACCUAUCGGUGCGAAGUGAUCCAUUACAUUGAGGACAGCUAUGACUCUGUAGACAUCCAGGUUCAGGGUGUUGUAUUUCACUAUCGGGCCAUCUCCACCCGCUACACCCUAACAUUUGAAAAAGCCAAAGCAGCCUGUAUCCAGAACAGUGCCAGCAUUGCUACUCCUGCACAACUCCAAGCUGCUUACGAUGACGGAUACCACCAGUGUGAUGCUGGAUGGCUUUCAGAUCAAACUGUGAGGUACCCCAUUCAUGAGCCUCGGGAACCUUGCUUUGGAGAUAAGGAAAACUUUCCUGGAGUGAGAACCUAUGGUAUUAGAGACGUAAACGAAACAUAUGACGUGUACUGCUUCGCUGAGAAGAUGUCAGGCAGAGUCUACUACUCCAUGUCUGUUGACAAGUUUAGCUUCUAUGAAGCAAAAGACCAGUGUGUCAAACUGGGUGCGAGGCUGGCCACCACUGGAGAGCUAUACCUUGCCUGGAAGGAUGGCAUGGAUGUGUGUAACACUGGUUGGCUGGCAGACAGGAGUGUACGCUACCCAAUCAACAUCCCAAGGCCUCAAUGUGGAGGGGGGCUUGUAGGAGUAAGAACGGUCUACUUGUUCCCCAACCAAACUGGAUACCCCUACCCAGACUCUCGCCAUGAUGCAGUCUGCUUCCAAGAGAAUGAUGAUGAAGAUGCUGUACCUGGGAGGACCACACCCUUCCCAGACAUCCAAUUUAGAUCUACCUCUGAGCACUACCCAACCCUAACGGCUUCGCCUGGGAGUAAAGAGAUCAAGUCUGGAGGAAUAGUAACUCUCUCCCCAUUGCUGUUUCCACCUGCAGUGGAUGAGUCAGGUGAAGAUGUGGCCAUGGGUCCCACAGGUGUGGUGUUCCACUACAGACCAAUCACUGGUCGUUAUACUCUGACCUUUUUGGAGGCUCAGCAGGCUUGCCGGAAUAUCGGAGCAGUCAUUGCCAGCCCACAGCAGCUGCACGCAGCCUUUGAGAGAGGCCUGCACCAAUGCGAUGCUGGCUGGCUGCGCGACCAAACUGUGCGGUAUCCGAUUGUGUCGCCCAGAAAUAACUGUGCUGGUAACCUGCUAAACCUUCCAGGAGUGAGAUCAUAUGGCCUGAGACCAGUCAAUGAACGCUACGAUGUCUUUUGUUAUGUGGACCGUUUAAAAGGUGAGGUCUUCUUCACCACUGACUAUGACAGCUUCUCCUAUGAUGAGGCUGUGCAGCACUGCCAGAAACUCAACACUACCCUGGCCACCCCUGGGCAGCUCUACGCCGCCUGGAAACAGGGACUCGACAAAUGCCGCCCAGGCUGGCUUAUGGAUCGCAGUGUCCGCUACCCCAUUACAACCCCCAAAUCUUAUUGUGGAGGCGGGCAGGUCGGAGUGCACACCAUCUACGCCUUCCCCAACCAGACGGGAUUUCCUGAUGAGCACUCGCGCUACGAUGCCUACUGUUUUAGAGCUCACUUUCCUGUUCUUUUCAACAAUUUCACCCCUGAGUCCGUGACAGAGAAUAAAGAUGUUGUCCAGAAGAUAACCGUCGGACCGCUUCACAUUACACCCACUGAUCCAACUCCUGUUAGCUACAAUGAAACUGUCAUGAACACAACCGACGCUGAGUUUAUCAAUGAAACAAUUAUUACACCUGCACAUGGUCCUCCUACAGUGAAUACCAUUUUUCCUCCAGUCCCAGUUGACACUUCGGGUUCUGGUUCAGCUGAACAUUCAGCCAGUGGGGAGUCCUCCGGGGAAUCUUCGACCUCCACCACUAGUGGUGACACAUCCGGGUCAGGACAGGAAGUUACCUUCAGCGGACACAGUGGUGUGCUUUCCGGCGAGCAGUCUGCUUCUGGAAGCCCACAGGAAGGAAAGGAAGGCAGUGCUUUCAUUACCUCUCGAGAUUUAGGUAGCGCAUCUGGAGCUGAAUCUGGAUCCGGCAUCCUUAUAUCAGGAUCAGGUUUCAGCAGUGGAAGUGGGGACAUCAGUGGUAGUGGUGAUGACAAGUGGGUCACCUUGGUGGAUGAAAAACUGGUGUAUUUGUCAAAAACUUCAAAAAAUGACACAAGGCAGGAGCUUGGUCGGGGAAGAAUCGAAACCAGUGGGGAAUCAAGUGUUUCUGGAUCAGGAGAUAUGUCUGCUUCCAGCUCUGGUGGGUUUUCUGGCAUUCUGUUUGUCAACCACAGUGGCAUUGACCUGACACCCCAGCAAUCUGGGGAGCAAGAAGUGUCUGGAUAUCAGCUGUCUGGCUAUGGGUACCAAAGUGGCUUUCCCAGUGGCUUUCCCAGCGGUUUUCCUAGUGGUUUUUCCAGUGGUGUUCCCAGUGGCUUUCCAUCUGGUGAUUCAGGCAGCGGCUCUUCCUCUGGAGACCCUUUUCCAAAGUAUGACGAUAUCAUCCACAUAACUAAGCAUGAAAUGAUUGAAGUAAUCACUGACAUUACUGAAGAGGGGCGGGGUGUGGUGGAGAUGAGUGGGCAAGGUAGUGGGUCAGGGAUCCACCAUGAAUUCAGCGGCACUUCAACACAAAUAUCAGGAAGCGGAGCGGCUGCUACGAAGGCUUAUACAGAGUAUGUUCCCACUCUUGACCAAUCAACUCCCGGAGCUACCGUUGAGGAGAGUGACACCGGAAUGACAGUUUAUUCAGUCACCCCAGAUGCAGUCUUCACCAGGCCAACCACAGCUCCAUCAGUGUCAUUAGUAACCCCGGCUGUUGUGGAGCUUCCUGAAGUGGAUGAAGCUAUGGGGAGCUGUCCUAAAGGCUGGAUUGAGUUUGCCGGCAGUUGUUACCUCCACCAUGACGAGAGACUCACUUGGUCUGAGGCAGAGAAGCGCUGUCAGGAGCUUAGCGCCCACCUGGUCAGCAUUGGCUCGCCGGAAGAGCAGCGGUUUGUCAACUCCAACGGUGAGCACUAUCAGUGGAUUGGACUUAAUGACAAAGAUGUGCAGAAUAAGUUCCACUGGACAGAUGGGAAUCCACUGUCUUUCGAGAACUGGAGACCCAACCAGCCGGACAACUACUUCGGUUCUGGUGAGGAUUGUGUGGUGAUGAUCUGGCAUGAAGGUGGCGAGUGGAAUGAUGUGCCCUGCAACUACCACCUUCCUUUCACCUGCAAGACAACACCUGUCAUGUGCGGAGCACCGCCCAAGGUGAAAAACGGCAGUCCAAUAGGCGGCAGCAGAGAGCGCCAUUCUGUCGAUUCCAUGAUCCGCUACCAGUGUGACCCAGGCUUUAUGCAGCGCCACCUGUCUGUCAUACACUGUAUGGCAAACGGAGAGUGGGAGGAGCCACAAGUCCAGUGCAUAGAAGCUGGAGCCAACAGCAACAGGCUACACAAAAGGUCCCUGAGGAAAAGAAGUAAAGGUGUCAGCAGCCAACAGGAACCGAGGGAACUGCUCUGAGGAGGACUGGAAGGGACAUACAACAGAGCCACAAAAGAGCUUUCUUCUAAAGAAGCAUGGACACUAAUACAAAUACCAGACCAAAAAGAUAGCAUGCCCUACCCUGUAUAUACGCACACUAAAGCACAUUUAGACAGUGAUGAAAGAAACAGCAAGUGAUGUUCCUGAUCUUUGAAUGUCACCCUGCAACCUCUGAAGGCAAAUUUCUCUAAAACCAAUUUAAUUUAUGAUUCAGCAUCCUGGAGCUAAAGUAGAAACUUAUUUCAAGAGGCUGAAGAGUAACAUGCAAAGAGCUUAGGAAGUGUUUUCAGUUCAAACAGACUUUUAUUAUAUUUUACCAUCUAGAUUUGUGUUUCUUAGAAUUAUUUUAGGUGUUAGAUUCCUACUUUUUAGGGCAACUCAGUGGAUAUCAAGUUUUUUGGUUGUGUCGCAGAUGAAUGAUCCUGCUUGGUUGUUUCAUCUGAGUUCUGAAGGAAGACAUGACAGAAAAUGACAUGAAGGAAAAAAAGUCAUAUGAAGCCUUUAGUCUUGUCACAGCUGUAAAUUUGACAUCUACAGCGUCGAACCAACACAUUAUGAAAACACGACUCCCUGGAUUGAAAUAAUCAGCACGUAUGCACUUUUGAAACUUCUGUCAUGUCUGUGCUAAUCAUUUGAAUCCAGUGCACCUUAAAACUGUUAUAAAAAAAGUAAAAGCUUUUCUGUAGCUGUAUUUUUACAUAUCAAGUGAGAAGUGACAGGAAAACAGUGCCUUGCAAAAGCAUUUCUAAUCCUUAAACAAUUAACUUUUUGAGAUAGACUAACACUAAGCAGUGUAUAAUUGUAAAAAAGAAAGAAACAUGACACGUUUUCACAUUUGCUUCCAAAUAAAAGUCUGAAAAUAUUCUCUGACCAGCCUCACUGUCACUUAAGCAACCCCCACUGCAUAAUGCUGCCACCAUCAUGUUUCAUUUCGGGAUGGUGUGUUCAUAGCAAUGUGUGGCACGCAUGUAUCCCUAAUUCAGAUACAUUUAAUAAAACUCUAAAGCAACCAACUGCCAUCACAACUCACCUAAUUAAUAAAAACUGUGUCAGUAUGAAUACAGCUGUUCUUCGAAUGCCCCAGAUGUUUGUUAGAGAACAUCAGUGAGCAAGCAGCAUCAUGAAGAUGGAGGAACACAGCAGACGCUGCAAUCUUUGAACAUCUCACUGUUUAACCCAUUAUCCAAGAAUGGAAAGAGUUUGGCAGGGAUGCAAACCUACCAACAUGUGGGCGUCCACCUUAACAUUGCCAUCGUGAGACAUGCUGGUGGCAGCAUUAUGUAUUGGACAUUGUUUCUCCUGCAGGGAAAGGGAAGCUGGUCAGAGUUAAUUGGAAGAUGGAUGGAGCUAAAUAAAGCCUAAAACAGGAUGGAAGCUGUAAAAGGCUGCAAAAGACUUGACACUGAGGCAGAGGUUCAUCUUUUCACCAGCUAUCCAUGUGUUAGAAUGGCUCAGCCAAGGCCAGACCUAAAUCUGAUUGACAAUCUGUUGCAAAACUUAUGGCGAGAAAUCUGAUGUCCCCAGGUGCUCUUCAUCUAAUCUGCCUGAGGUUGAACUACUUUGCAAAGAAACAUUUUAGUCUCUAGAUUCGCAAAGCCUGUAGAGACAUACACAAAGAUGUCUGCAGCUGUAAUAUCUGCAAAAGUUGGUUCUAUAGAGUAUCGGCUCACUGAUUACAAAUGCAUGUCGCACUUUUCAGAUCUUCAUUCCUAAAAGAUGUCAGAAACGUUCGAUUUUCCUUCCAUUACAAAUGAUGCACUGUGUAAUGUAAGUUUAUCACAUAAAGCCCCAAUGAAAUUUGUGAUUGUAGUGUGACAAAAUGUGAAGAAUAUGAAUAGGUGUGGGGACUUUUGCAAGGCACUGUAUGUCCCUGAACUACAAUUUAAUGGAGUCUUAUAAUAAUUUAAAAGAUGAGCAUCUGCCUUGGCGCACUUGGUCCUUAUUUAUCACUUCUCAAGCGCAAACCGAUGCCUUUGUUUCUGAUUCCACUGACAUGAGAACGUCAGCGUUUGCUGUGGGAUGAGUUUCUCAAUGUAAAUACUCUCUCUGUAAUUUUCUGAACAGCAGGAUCUGUCCAUAACCUGCGCAGUGCAGGCAGUUUUAACCUUUUUGACUUACAGUAUUUAUCAGUGAUGCGUUUGCCAAGUGGUUGAGUACUUAGAGCCAACUGUAUAGAGAAGGACAGGUAGAACCUUGUGUUUUCAUUAAAGCCUCAGAUGUGUCGCUGGAGAAUGUUCCUGCUGUAUUUUAGAAUAUCUUCAUAGUUCAUUUCAAAAAUGCUUCUUGUUCACUUGUGAAGCUGAAGAAAGUUGAACCAAUAGACCUCAUAAAAGUGGGGUUUGGGCAGCUUGAUGAGGGUUUUAAGGUCAGCAUUUGCUUCAGCUCUCAGAUAAUUUGAUCCAUGGCUCCUACAUUGGAGCUCAUAAACCCCCCAGUCUCUCAGGGACACAGCUUAAAAUGAAUAAAAGACAAAUGUCUCCUUUGAUGUAACUGGGGUGACUGGGUAGAAGAUGAAAAUUAGAGGUCAAGCAACAAGUGUAGAUCUCUAUCAGUGUUUUGCCUUUUACUGGCUGCUAAAUAAAAUGACACCUUAACAAACAAACUAAACAUAGAUAAGUACCUCAUCCAGAUUCUGAAACCUGAUGUGACCAUAAAGCACAGUUCACCAAAUAAAAUAUUUGUCUCAGUAGCCUUAUUGUUGCAAAUAUAUUUUUACUCAGUCAUUUACAAGAAGCUUGGAUGCACAGAUCUUUCUUUCUUUUUGUCAUUUCCUGAAAAUGAUUUUCCUUGAAGUCGCAAUAUUUCAGGUAAACUGAAGUACAACCCUGACUCUUAGUUUGUUUUUGCCUUCCUGUGUGAUUUAACCAUGAAAAAACACCUAAUAAAUACCUCAUUCAUCAGCA